AUGCUGUUCUGCGAGGAGCGCGUUCUCUUCCUGGCCAGCCGCAAGAAGGUCGAGUUCCUCAAGCAGGUGGCCCAGGGCAAGGGCGCCGAGGGCGGCAACGGGCUGCCGGCCGUCACGCUGCUGGUCCGCGAGAAGAACGAGAGCAACAAGGCGAACUUUGAGAAGCUGAUCGAGGCGCUCAAGGGCAGCCGCGGCGGGCGGCGCCUCGGCGUCUUCGCCAAGGACAAGUUCCCCGGCGAGUUCAUGAAGAGCUGGAACGACGCCCUCGGCAAGGAGGGCUUCGAGAAGGUGGACGUCAGCGCGGCCGUGGCGCAGGCCAUGGCGGCCAAGGAGGAGGUGGAGCUGCAGCUGAUGCGCAAGGCGGCCGCCAUCACCUCCGAGGUCUUCACCAAGUUCUUCAAGGAGCGCGUCAUGGAGAUCGUCGACGCCGACGAGAAGGUGCGGCACUGCAAGCUGGCCGAGGCGGUGGAGAAGGCCAUCGAGGAGAAGAAGUUCCUGGCGGGCGCCGACCCCUCGGCCGUGGAGAUGUGCUACCCCCCGAUCAUCCAGAGCGGCGGCAACUACAACCUCAAGUUCAGCGUCGUCAGCGACAAGAGCCACAUGCACUUCGGGGCCAUCACCUGCUCCAUGGGCAUCCGCUACAAGUCCUACUGCUCCAACCUGGUGCGGACCCUGAUGGUGGACCCGUCGCAGGAGAUGCAGGAGCACUACGGCUUCCUGCUGGGGCUGCAGGAGGUGCUGCUGAGGGAACUGAGGCACGGCGCCCGGCUCUGCGACGUCUACGCCGCCGUCAUGGACGUGGUGAAGAAGCAGCGGCCGGAGCUGCUGGGCAAGGUCACCAAGAACCUGGGGUUCGCCAUGGGCAUCGAGUUCCGCGAGGGCUCCCUGGUCAUCAACAGCAAGAACCAGCAGCGCCUCAAGAAGGGGAUGGUGUUCAGCGUCAACGUGGGGCUCUCGGAGCUGCCCAACCGCGGCGCGGCGCGGCCCGAGGAGCGCGCCUACGCGCUCUUCCUGGGCGACACCGUCAUGGUGGACGAGGACGGCCCCGCCGUGGUGCUCACGGCCGUCAAGAAGAAGGUGAAGAACGUCGGCAUCUUCCUCAAGAACGAGGACGAGGACGAGGAGGAGCCGGACAAGGACGCGGCCGAAGAUCUCCUGGGCCGCAGCUCCCGCGCCGCGCUGCUGACCGAGAGGACUCGGAACGAGCUGACGGCCGAGGAGAAGCGCCGGGCGCACCAGAAGGAAUUGGCCACGCAGCUGAACGAGGACGCGCGGCGGCGCCUGACGGAGCAGCGCGGCGAGCAGCAGACCCAAAAGGCGCGCAAGUCCAACGUGUCGUACAAGAGCGCGGCGCUGCUGCCCAAGGAGCCGCACGUGCGCGAGAUGAAGAUCUACAUCGACAAGAAGUACGAGAGCGUCAUCAUGCCCGUCUUCGGCAUCGCCACGCCCUUCCACAUCGCCACCAUCAAGAACAUCAGCAUGUCGGUGGAGGGCGACUACACCUACCUGCGCAUCAACUUCUUCUGCCCGGGCAGCGCCCUGGGCCGCAACGAGGGCAACAUCUUCCCCAACCCCGAGGCCACCUUCGUCAAGGAGAUAACGUACCGCGCGUCCAACCUGAAGCCGCCGGGCGAGUCGACGGUGCCGGCGUCCAACCUGCAGAACGCCUUCCGCAUCAUCAAGGAGGUGCAGAAGCGCUACAAGACCCGCGAGGCCGAGGAGAAGGAGAAGGAGGGCAUCGUCAAGCAGGACUCGCUGGUCAUCAACCUCAACCGCAGCAACCCCAAGCUGAAGGACCUCUACAUCCGGCCCAACAUCGCGCAGAAGCGCAUGCAGGGCGCGCUCGAGGCCCACGUCAACGGGUUCCGGUUCACGUCGGUGCGGGGCGACAAGGUGGACAUCCUCUACAACAACAUCAAGCACGCCGUCUUCCAGCCCUGCGACGGCGAGAUGAUCAUCGUGCUGCACUUCCACCUCAAGAACGCCAUCAUGUUCGGCAAGAAGCGGCACACGGACGUGCAGUUCUACACCGAGGUGGGCGAGAUCACCACGGACCUGGGCAAGCACCAGCACAUGCACGACCGCGACGACCUCUACGCCGAGCAGAUGGAGCGGGAGAUGCGGCACAAGCUGAAGACGGCGUUCAAGAACUUCAUCGAGAAGGUCGAGGCGCUGACCAAGGAGGAGCUGGAGUUCGAGGUGCCCUUCCGGGAGCUGGGGUUCAACGGCGCCCCCUACCGCAGCACCUGCCUCCUGCAGCCCACGAGCAGCGCCCUCGUCAACUGCACCGAGUGGCCGCCGUUCGUGGUGACGCUGGACGAGGUGGAGCUGAUCCACUUUGAGCGCGUGCAGUUCCACCUGAAGAACUUCGACCUGGUGAUCGUGUACAAGGACUACGCGCGCAAGGUGACGAUGAUCAACGCCAUCCCCGUGGCCUCGCUCGACCCCAUCAAGGAGUGGCUCAACUCCUGUGACCUCAAGUACACCGAGGGCGUUCAGUCGCUCAACUGGACCAAGAUCAUGAAGACGAUCGUGGACGACCCCGAGGGCUUCUUCGAGCAGGGGGGGUGGAGCUUCCUGGAGCCCGAGGGGGAGGGCUCGGAGGCGGAGCCGGGCGAGUCGGAGUCGGAGCUGGAGGACGAGACCUUCAACCCCUCGGAGGAGGACGAGGAGGAGGAGGAGGACAGCGACGAGGAUUACUCCUCCGAGGCCGAGGAGUCAGAGUACUCCAAGGACUCCCUGGGCAGCGAGGAGGAGAGCGGCAAGGACUGGGACGAGCUGGAGGAGGAGGCGCGCAAAGCCGACCGCGAGAGCCAGUACGAGGAGGAGGAGGAGCGGGGGCGGGGCCGGAAGCGCAAGGGCCCCCCCGGGCGGGGCCGGCCCCACCCCCCCAAGAAGAAGAGGAAGUAGCGGGGCCGCCCCUCCCCCGCCCCCAAAUCCGCCCCUUUUCGCCCCAAAAUCGCUUUUGGGGUUUUUCUCCCCGUUUUGGUGAUUUUCGUCCUUUUUUUUCUGUUUUUUUUUCCGUUUUUUUCCUCCCCUUUUCUCUUUUUUUUUUCGUUUUUUUUUUUUGUUUUUUUCUCCCCUCUGGAAUUUUGGGGCGAUUCCCGCGGAUUUUGGGACUUCGGGUCCCCGCCCACUUUUGGGUUUUUUUUUUUUUUUUAUCACUUUCAGUUCUUGUGGGGUUUUUUGGGUGGAAAUUGGGGCAUUUCGGGUUUUCCCCCGCGGGGUUUUUGGGGCGAUUUCCCGGGAUUUCGGGGCUUCCCCCUCCCAAUUCCGCCCCUCCCCCGGCCCCAAAUCCGCCCCUUUUCACCCCAAAAUCGCUUUUGGGGUUUUUUCCCAGUUUUGGUGGUUUUUGAGGGUUUUUUGUCCCUUUUUCUCUCUUUUUUUCUGCCCUUUUCUCUUUUUUUUUUUUUGUUUUUUUUCCUCCCCUCUGGAAUUUUGGGACGAUUCCCGCGGAUUUUGGGACUUCGGGUCCCCGCCCAAAUUCGGGGAAUUUUUUUUUUUUUUUGGAGGGUUUUUUUUUUUGGGUUUUUUUUUUUUUGAAUAUUUUUUUUUUUGGGUGGAAACGUUGGGAUUUCGGGUUUUUGGGGCGAAUUCCCGGGAUUUCGGGGCUCCCGCCCCUCCCCCCGCCCCCAAAACCGGGUCAAAAAAACCCCAAAACGCCCCCGAGAGCCCCAAAAUCCCCGUUUUUCGGUCGCUUUCUGUAUUUAUGGGGGUCCCCCGCUUUUUGGGGGGAUUUCCCCCCGUUUUGGGGUUUUCCCCCCCCGGGUUCGGGGCCCCCCCCCUCCCCCCCCCCCCCCCCCCCCGCGGCUCUUUUCCAAAAAUUCAAUAAAAUUCUCGUUUUUUUAA